GAAGACCUUUUUAACACCCCAUAAAUCAUAAAUGCUUAUGGCCGACCUCCACCUCCCAAUUUAUGAAAACUAUACAAACGCGCUAUUAAAAUACCUCCAUGAUUGACAUUAUUGUUCAUCCUUCUACUGCACUCAUCUUUUCUAUUAUCCCCACUAGUCAAAUCUUUUCCUUCUCAACCAAGUCUCCACUUAUUCAUUUAUACUUCUUCACUCUUUCGUCACCUCUAUUGCCCCUUGCUAUAAUAUAUAUACUACUCUACCUCUGACUAUAUAUUGUUAUUACCAACCAGUGAAGAAUACUAAGAGUGAGUUAUCAGGAUGGAAGCCGUUACUGAUAUCUUGGUGCUCCCAUUUUUCGGUCAGGGCCACCUCUUCCCCUGCGUGGAGCUCUGCAAACACUUCUCUUCUUACAACUGCAGAUCCCUUCUGAUAAUCCCUUCCCAUCUUUCCUCAUCCCUUCCCUCCAAUCUCCGCCACUACCCUUUGGUUGAAGUGCUCCACAUUCCUGCAUCUUAUUCACCUUUCCCACCUCCGGAUAUGCCUAAACGGGAAUCGUCCAGGCCCCGACCUGGAGUUCACCAUCAUCAGGAGCUGGGGCUUGGGAUUGAGUCUUUCCUUUCCGAGAGGUACGUGAAUGCUCCGCCACCCGGAUGUGUGGUGAUGGACGUGAUGAUGAGCUGGAGCAAAGAUAUUUUCAGGAGAGCCAAUGUACCCAUUGUCUCCUUCUUCACUUCUGGUGCUUGUUCUACUGCUAUGGAGCAUGCGGCGUGGACAGCCCAUGUAGAUGAUAUGUUGCCUGAUGAUGAGAUCCGAAUACUAUCCGGGUUGCCCGAAACCGUUGCCCUCAGUUAUUCUGAUCUUAAAAGGCGGGAUCAACAUCAUGGUGGUGGUAAACCCCAACCGCACGGAGGAAUGAACUUUGGCCCUCCGACACCAGGACAGCCCCCACGUUGGUUGGAUGAGGCGGAAGGUUCCAUCGCACUGUUAAUCAACACGUGUGAUGAUCUGGAAGGCCCAUUUCUCGAGUACCUAGCGGGUCAAAUCCAGAAACCCGUUCUCGGGGUCGGGCCAUUGUUGCCGGAGAAGUACUGGAAAUCAACCAGUUCGGUUCUCCAUGAUCGGGACAGCAGACCCAGCCGUGAAUCAAACUACACGGAGGAUGAGGUUAUCCAGUGGUUGGACUCGAAGCAAACUCGGUCCGUCAUUUACGUGUCAUUUGGUAGUGAGGUUGGACCAACCUUAGAUGAGUAUGAUGAAUUAGCAGACGCAUUGGGAGAGUCGAAUUGGCAAUUCAUAUGGGUGAUCCAACCCGGGUCUGGAAAGCCCGGGCCGCCAGCCAACUUCUUAGGUGGCAAACCCGUACCCAAUGCUAGAGAAGAAGGCUACUAUCCACAAGGUUUGCAAGAAAAGGUUGGGAAUCGAGGGCUAAUUAUAAAGGGAUGGGCGCCCCAAUUGCUUAUAUUGGGUCACCCUUCAACGGGAGGAUUCCUGUCGCACUCUGGGUGGAAUUCUACGGUAGAGGCAAUUGGGCGUGGGAUCCCAAUUCUGGCCUGGCCUAUCCGGGGAGACCAAUUUUAUAAUGCUAAAUUGGUGGUUAAGCAUCUGAAAGUCGGGCACAUGGUUUCCGAUGAUCUAUCAGAGAUGGUGAAGAAGUGUGAUAUAAUAAGAGGAAUUGAGUUGGUUAUGGGUGAUGGAGAAGUUCAUGAUCGAGCUAUUGCCUUGAGAAGCAUAUUUGAGGCUGGUUAUCCGUCGAGUUCCACGGCUUCUUUGAAGGCGUUGAUUGAGUUAAUAAGCAAAUAGUCCUGUUAUUUUGCAACAGGGAGUGGUGGUUUGUAAUCUUGUAAUCCUUUGCCUAUCAAAGAGAGUAUAACAAUAUAAGUUGCUGGAUUUA